UCUCUCUCACACACACGCACGCACAUUAACCAUAUACGAGACACGGCAAUAACUCAGGCAGGAGCGAGCACUAUGGAACGAGCGAGCAGCGGCAGCGCACAGGACGAUGAGCUCAGCCUUGAGCUUACCCUGGCCGCCAUGGCGUCGGCGCCUGGCACACCGGACGGCUUCUUCCUCUGCGUCCACUGCGACCGCAAGUUCCGCAGCUCGCAGGCUCUCGGCGGCCACCAGAACGCGCACAAGCAAGAGCGUGCCGCCAAGCGCCGGCGAGAGGCUGCCGUGGCAGCCACCCGCUCACAUGAAUCAAGGUCAAGGAAGGCGGGGGGGAUGCAUGCUGCUACUGCUACUCGGAUUGCCGCACCUGCAGACGGCAAGCAGGGCGGGAGCUCGUCCAAGCGUGGCGGCAACGACGAGGUGGACUUGUCUCUCCGGCUAUAAGGGAUCCCUCCAUCGAUGUUCUAAUAUACGAGGAUUCGUGCUAUUUCCUGCUAGGUAAGUCGGAAUCUAGCUACUUUGGUUUGGAAAAAAAUGUUUUACCUUCU